CCCCGACCGGAAGCGGCACUUUUAUCGAGAAAAAUCAAUUAUUUCCUUGCAGGAGAUCGAAAGGGGGGACGUUUUGAAGUUUAUUGAUCCCCCCUUUCGCCUCCAAAAUUGUGACAAAGGAUUUGUUUUGUUCAGGGUACUACAAGCACGGGGGACAAAGAGAUGUCGUGGUGGCCUUGAAGGUCUAGAUUUCUGCAUCAAAGAUGGCUUCCCUCUGCACUGUGGGACCUACGGUGGAAUCCUCUGCUGUAUCCACUUCAACUGCAUCGGUUGAAUAUGAAUAUAUCAAGGUAGAGAGCUACACUGUUAAUUUAGAACCGUCUCCGUCAAUUACUUGCGAGGGAUGCAAUAAAGGAGCCACAUAUGAAGAGACAUUCCAAGGUCCCCACAAAUGGAGAAAAAUUCUUCGACAUGUUCCCUCCACCAAAAGAGCAAAGAAAUCCCAACAGUCACAAGAAGAGUCUGUUUUCAACGAACAUGGUACCACAACUUACACUACUGAACAUUUCGACAAUGCUUUUGAAAUGAAUAAUGAAGAUGAGAUGUAAGUCAUAGUCAUUUAAUUUUUAUCUUUUAAAGAAAUCGGUAGGUUAUGAUUUAUAAUUUUUAUGAAGAGGAACAGUGGAACAGACUCAAAUUCAAAUGUCAACACUGUAGGCCUACUGUACAGUAACAAUAAUAAUAACAAAGUACUUGAAUCUUGAAUAACAUGCGCAUUUAUAUGCAAAAAGGUCUAAACCUCAUCUAAUUAGACCUAUAUUUUCAUUAAUGAUUAAUGUCAUUCAUGACUAUCAGUAUCAAGUGUCAAUAGUAUCAGUAAUCAGUUUGUCAUUACUAAAUUAUCAAAUGAAUUUCGGGUAAAUUUACACAUUCGGUGCCACCCAUUUCCCCAGGUUUUUCCACUCAUUUUUUUUUUACCACGGCCACCAUCUUUGUUGCCAUGAUCAUGAUGGUAGACUUUUUACGACAACAAAGGAAGUGGCUGUCUAAGAAAAAGAUAGCGCAAAAACAUCUAUGCCAAAAAGGGGGAGGGGCAAGGGAGAGAAUAUGCUGCUUAAAAUACUUAUUGAGGCAAAUGAAAAUCAGGUACAAAAUGUUAAAUUAUUAAUAAAUAAUUUUUUCAGGAAAAUUGUCUAUCUUAAAAAAAUAUACAAAUCUGCCUAACCUGAAUGCUAGAUUAGUUUACCUAUUUCAAGUAUAAAUUCCUCCUUAAAUAUAGUUCUCCCUUAAAUAUAGUUCACCCCUAGCUUAAACGUAAAUCUUCAAACCUAUUAUCUCCUGCUUAAAGAAAAGCUAACUCUCCACAAAUUAACAAAGGGGAGAGAAUCCUACACAGAAACUCUAUGUGGCACAGAUUUAGUAAAUUGACCGAAUUUUGUCUGGACCUGUCAGUUGAGUCAGGGGACCUCAGUGGUCCAGUAGCUGGACAUUUAAGAAUAAAAAAGAUCACUCUCCUAUUGAUAUGUCAUUGUCAUGAAAUGUAGUUAGGCUAAAUAUUGUAUGUAAACCUUAUCACACUUAAAAAAUAUUAGCUAGCUUAGGAGUUGUAUCUAUCCCUUUAAAGAGCUGCAACCCCAGAGCCAGGGAUGGCCAAUGACCAGCUUAGUAUUAAACAAGGUACUAUUUUAAAAAUUAAAAUGCCAUAAAUUUAUAUUUUGGUUAUCAAAAUUAGGCUUAAGUAGCAGCUGGGCUAAUUUUGAUAUAGAUAAAAACUUAGCUCAACAUUUUUAAAAGUGCUGAUUAAUAUGGUUAUGUCUUAUUGUUGAAAUUCUAUGCGUACUAGGGAGCUAGAGUAAUUAUCUUUACAUUUCAGUUUUGCCUGGAACAUAGAUAUAAGAAGUAAAAUUAAAGGGUAUUAUUAAUUAGAGUCAUUUUGAAAUUAUUUAUUGGCAUAUUUGUAAUUUUUUUUAAAAAGAGACUCCUUGUAUGUUAUGAUAUUGAUGAUACACAAUUUUAGAUAUUAAAAAAGUGUGGGAAUCUCAAAACGUAUCAAGUUGCACUAAAAAUAGUACAUAUUAUUUAUAAGUGCCACCAAUGGGAAAAAUUCAGGCCAUGCAAACUUUUCUCAAAAUGUUAAUCCUUGCUAAAUUUCAAAUGACUUUCUUUUCUCUGCCAACAGAAACAGAGUUAAUCUAGCCAUGCACAAAUAUGAACAAGGAUCUGAGCAAGAAUCAGCAGAUCUUUGUUCAAUACUGGGAGAACAGGAUACUCCAGCUUCUAUUCCUCCAUGGAGGAAGGAGUUCAUAGAAAAGUCCAACUAUCGAAAAGUGGGUAAAGAAAUGUUGAACUAUAUUAAGAUUCCAUUCAUUUCUUUUCUAGAUUUCAUUAUGUUUUUAGAAAAAGAAUCUAAUGUUCAUGAGAUUAUAUUGGUUUAUUGUGCUAACAAUUUUGUUUUAUGAAAACUGUGAGCUUGAGUUUGUUCAAUAAUAUGUCACUCAAAUCAUAAUUAUUUCAACAUUGAUUGAAAAAAUAUUUAUGUCUUGUAGAAGAGCAUUCUAGUUUCUUUAUAACAUCAAGUGAUGAUGAGCAUAUGACACAUACUUUCAAAAGUAAAUAACUUAAAUUCAAAUAUAUAUAUAUAUAUAUAAGUAUAAAGAAAUGUUAGUGAUUGUCAAAGAGGCUUAGCUAGGGCACCAAAUUGCCAAAUUAAUAUCAGAAGUAGCAACAUUAAAUGUGGAUCUUCUAUCUUUUUUAAUUUUGAAAUUCACUAGUUUUUAGUAAUUAACAAUGAAAACAUUUAUUUCGAUUUCAAUUGUUCUAUGCAUUUUAGAUGUACAAGCAACCUAUCAAUACUUUAGCUGCUCAAACAUCACAGGUAUGUGUUUUUUUUGUGUUUGUGUAUAUAUGUGUGUAUAUAUAGAUGUAGAUAUAUAUAUAUACAUAUAUAGAUAUAUAUAUAUAUAUGCAUAUAUAUACACAUAUAUAGAUAUAUAUAUACACACACAUAUAUAGAUAUAUGUAUGUAUUUAUAUAUAUAUAUAAUGCAAAUUAAUGUAAUUAUUUAAAAUAAAUAUUUUACAUUUUGCAUUCUGUAUUGAUUUUUGAAAGACUAUUAAAUCUUAAAGUUUUAUUCAAUAUCUGCAUUAAAUGAAUUUAAUAUUGUUCUAUAAUUUUUUAAUUGAUCUAUUUAUAAUUUCCAAUUUAACUGAUGCAUAAAUCCUGGUAGUUAAUGUCAUGGAGGCAGUCAUUAUUCAGUUUUAUUUUAGAAUAUUACAAUUUAAUAAAAAAUUUGCUGCUGUUAGUGAUUGUGGCACUAUAAUAAAAUUACUGUUUGGUGGUCGUGUAGAGCAUCAUGUCUAAAAUUUCUAUUAAAAAUGUAAAUUGGAACUAUGUGACAUUAAUUUUUAGGGUUGAAUAGAUUUCUUAUAGGUAAUUUGGCUUUAAAUAAUGUAAUAAUAUCUUGUAAUUCUUGUCAUUUGAUGAAUUAAAACAAUCUUCAUCUUGUUUCUUUCCACUGCAGAUUCCUGUGACUGUCAGGCGGCGUGGGAGUUUACACGGGCACACAGAGUCUGCGUUUACACGACAAGUGGUCAACACGAGUCAGACCAACUCUGCUGCCCGAAAGAAACUCUCACCAUCUAACUCAGUAAGUUACGUUCCUUCAACUUCAGUAUUUCAAAUUUUUUACAUAUGCUCUGUUUAUCUGUGCUCUUUUUAAGGGUUAAGUAUUCAAAAAUAAUAAUUCUGCAAGCAACUUAUUGCAUAAUGACAUAUAUUUUGUUAUUCUUAUUCUUUAAUUGUUAAAGCAUAUAUAAAUAUUAAGGAUUUGUUCAAACAUUUUAAAAAAAAAUGUUUUUACAAAUCCUAUUUCCAAUCUUCUUAAAUCAAUGUUUACCUUAUUUUUUUGUGGGUAAAAAUAGCAGAUGUGUUGUCUUUUUUAAAAAACUCAUAUUUUAUUUCCAGUUUCGACAAGCAAUCUCGAAUACAAGUGCCCAUCCCGGUCGGAGAAAUCCAGUUCAACAACUUCCGCUCACUGAUGUUUCGACCAACAUUGAUAUAACAAAAAAGCGCAUUGAGCGUGUACAAAGAGCAAGGCUGUAUUUGCUUCAACAGACAGGACCCAAUUCUUUCCUCAUAGGAGGUGACUCUCCAGAUCACAAGUACAGAGUUAUUAUUGGACCUCAGGUGUGUAGCACAUUAUCAAUAACAUGUAUUUUUUUAUAUUUUUUUGUUUUUUAAAGGACUGUGAUGUGUUUUUCCAUUUUUAAUUUCUGCAUUUACCAUUUGAUAUCUGAUCCUAUCCAUAAUAGUGCUUUAAAAUCUCACACUUCAAGUUAAUUAUUAUUUGCAUUAUGCCCCUAGAAUCAUUUAGUGAAUCAGCAUUCUUCAUUUUGAUCUCAUUACUAAAUUUGAUUUUUGUUGGCACUGCAGACUUGUAGCUGUGGCAGAGGUCCACACUGUGUCCAUGUGCUUUUUGUGAUGUUGCGAGUCUUCCAAGUGGGGGAGAUGGACCCCUGUCUGUGGAGCAGGACCUUAAAAAAUUAUGAAGUGAGUUGCUGGGUUUCAAGUUUUAUUCAAAGUGUUCUUUCAUUUCAGAAAUGAUCUGCUUACUGUUUUAUGAGGAAGUUUUUAAAAAUGCAUUAAAAUAAAACAUUUAUUGUAUGCAAAAAAUUAACUCAUAUAAUUAUUAUACAGAGUUACUGAUUUAUAUAGGAUACAAUGGUUUUACACAAUAUGCUAGUUUUAACUGUUUGUGAAUGGAAAAGUUUCAAUGAAACCGUCUUAUAGAAUAUAAAUCCCAAAGUCAAAGAGAAAACAAAGUUUGUUGUGUAUAAAUAAUUUUUCAAAAAAAAAUUAUUUUAAAAAAAUCAACCUCUUGAACCUUUAAAAAGUUUUGGCCUUGCUUAUGUAUCUAUUUGAUCUGUUAUGGUAACUUCUUUUUCACAGGUUGAAAGUUUAUUUCGUAUUUUCCAUGACAAAAGAAGUUCGCGCAUUACCAAGCGUCGAGCUUCACAACGUAGAAAAGAGGUGGUGAAGCAGGAGGAAGGGGGUGAUGGAGAUGAGGGGAGAGCUGUGGAUGCCCAGGAUAACAACAGAUUACCAUCUGAGAGUGACACAGGGUAAUAUUGAGUUGCUGAAAGGGUUAGCAAUGGGAAGAUAAAGGGUGAAAUGAUGUUAUUGAACAGUCUUUAACUGGGAGAUAAAAAGGUGAAAUGAUGUUAUUGAACAGUCUUUAACUGGGAGAUAAAAGGUGAAAUGUAGUAUUGAACAGUCUUUAACUGGGAGAUAAAAGGUGAAAUGUAGUAUUGAACAGUCUUUAACUGGGAGAUAAAAGGUGAAAUGAUGUUAUUAAACAGUCUUUAACUGGGAGAUAAAAGGUGAAAUGUAGUAUUGAACAGUCUUUAACUGGGAGAUAAAGGGUGAAAUGAUGUUAUUGAACAGUCUUUAACUGGGAGAUAAAGGGUGAAAUGAUGUUAUUAAAGUCAUCAAGUUGUAAAAUUUAAUGCAGGUAGCACUCACUUCCAUCACAAUCAACAUGUACAUUGCAAACCAAUUGUUAAAUUCUAACUUCAGGAGUGUCAGAGAAGAAGAAGAGACCUGUCCCAUUUGUCUUUUGGAGAUGCUGGAGGGAGAGAGUUUAAUAUGUUGUGAAAAUGGGUGCCAUAAUCGCCUUCAUCAUCAUUGUAUUGCAAUCUGUGAGCAUCAUUCUUUUUUUUUUCUUUCUGUUUUGAAUGCACUUAAUUUUGGUUAACUAUCUCACUAAAAAGGUCUCUGGGUGUUUUAGUUAACUUUUUAAAAAAAAUCCAUUUUAUCAUCCAGGGUUUGAAGAAUGCAGAAGACAAAAUGAUCCACUUAACUGUCCACUAUGUCGGGCUCAGUGGAAGUCAGCAACUGUUGAAAUAAAAAGGUAAGAUAUUUUUCCACAUUAUCACUAUUAAAAAUUUGGGGCUAAAUUUUAACUGUAACACUUAACUGUUAUCUUAUCUUGAAUUUAAAAUAUCAUUCUGGGAUAAAACAAAGGGUGGGUGUAAUUAAAUUUAUUCCAGGAAAUAAAUUAAAAGCUUUAAUUAUAACUAUUCUUUUUUACAAGUGCUGAUGAUACCAACUUCCUUCUAUGUUCAAUAUUAUAAACUGAGCACUCAUUUACUUCCCAGCAUGUUUAUUUAAAGUUUGGUAGUGUGCAUACAAUAAAAUUCUGAUAAUUAUAAUAAAUAAUAAUAAUAAAGUGUAUUUCAAAAACACGCUUCAUCCCCAAAGGCUUGAAGCGCGGUACAAAAGUAAAAAAAUAAAUUAAAAAAUCUAUAAUUUACCACAUUUAAAACAAACGCAACACUACAAAAACUAAUUACAAGCAUACAAUGUCAAAGUCUUUCUACCCAUUUCAACCCUGAGCAACAAGCUAAUAUGCAUUAAAUGGAAAAUAUGGUAGACAAUCAUCCCAGAAGGUGUUUGCGAAAUAACUGUGUCUUUAAAUCGGUUUUAAAGGAGUCCAGUGUCUGAUUGUUUCUGAGAUCGACUGGAAGGGCGUUCCAAAUUGCUGCACCAGCAAAUGCGAAAGUGCGCUUUCCGCAAGUCUCAAGGCGAACACGUGGUGUCAAGAGUUUGCCACUGUCGGAUGAGCGGAGUUGUCUAGUGGGUACAUAAGGUGUCAGCAGCUCUUUCAGAUAGGACGGCGCCAGGCCAUAUAAACAGCGGUAGCACAACGUUGCGAUUUUGUAUUCUAUGCGAGCACGGACCGGCAGCCAGUGCAGGUCUCUCAGAAGUGUUUUUGCAUGGUCGAACUUGCUUUUGCGGAGAACAAUACGACCCGCAUUAUUCUGUGCUAUUUGAAUUUUAUCCAGGAGCGUAGCUGGAAGACCCACCAUGAGAGCAUUGCAAUAGUCCAUGCGUGAUAGAACAAAUGCAGACAUCAACCUCUUUGUUGCAUCAAUUGUUAGGAAGGGCCUGAUGUGACUUAUCCUGCGCAGCUCUGCGCAAUCAUUUUGUUUUUAAUAUAAAAUAAAAUUGACUUUUAAAUUUUGUUUAAAAUAUACAUUAUAAAAGAUGUAUUAUUUUUUCAGCACUCAAAAUGGCAGCAAUACAGAUGGUCCAGAUAUUUCAUCCAGCAAUAGAUCGUCAUCUCCACAACAUACAGUCUCCGAAGAAGACAGCUCUAGGCUACCUCAUGCAGAACCUAUUCCAACUGACAUGGAACUGACGGCAGCCCCUUGGGUUGAGGUAUGUCAACUACACAUCCGUCUGUUUGUAUUGUAAAUGUGUUAUGAUUUUUAGAUUUUUGUUGUUCAGUUAUAUUUUUAAAAAUACUUUAUUUUAAAGUUUCACUGACAUCAAUUUUAAGUCUGUUUCAAGUUUUAGAUCCCUUUGUCUCUUUUGCUGAAUUUCACUUUGAUCUACAUUUUUUUUGCUGAUACACAUUUUAAUAGUUAAAAUAGUUUAGUAUGUUUAUAGCUGAUGCUGGGUUAAAUUAUUUUUAGGGCUGCACGUUGACAAGUCGCACCUGUUGAUAAAUAUUUUUCAUCUAGGCAUUGGGAUCGGACCUGGUUUGCUGUCUUCUGUCUCGCAAUUGGUCAAUCAGAGAAGUUGGGCUGAAGCACCUCAGCAAAGAGGUCGUGGCCACCCUGCUGAAAGGAGCAGGGGAGGGGCGGUCUGGAGUGAUAGUGUCACCUGUGAGACGGGCUGCGACCCACAAUAUGCUUCAGACAGCCUGCAACAUUCUGGCCUACACCUGUGCUGACCCUGUCUACAGGGUCUUUGUAGCAUCACUGGUAGGUGUUUUAAAAAUAGAAAAAAAUGUACUUCAGAUUUCAUUCAUGUGAGAUUGUUUCUCCUGAAUAUUUAAAACAAAUUUCUGAGCCUUUCGUCCCCCACUGCUUAAGACAUGAAACCCUCUUCUGUGAUAUGAAUGCUGCUUUACAGCUUAAUCACAUACAAUAAAUUAAAUGAUUAUUUUAGUUUGGGCAUGAUGCUCAUUCUGAAUUAAAAAUGACAAGCAAAGAAGAUGGUAUAAUAACUACAUUAGCUUAAGCUUUAGCUACCGGUAUGCAUAAACAUAAAAAAUUAAUAUUUUUUUCUUUCUUAUUUUAAAAUUAAAAAUAAGUUUUUUGUUUUUUUUUUUUUUUUUCUUUUUUUGAAUGGGCUUGUCACAGUUUAUUUUGUUUUCAUCACAACCAUUACAUUUCAUUUGCCUUUUUUUUUUUUCAGAGGGCCAUUCGCACCAUGUUGUCUUAUACUCCAUGUCGAGACACUGAUCAGAGAAACAGGUUGCAGACUGUCCUGAAGCCUAUUGUGGAAGCAAUAAUAUUAAAAUGUACUGAUGGGAACAGGUACGUUAUUUUAGUACAUAUUUGCACUAAGUUAUUUUUAACCCCAUAUUAGCCCUUAAGUUAUUUAUAGACCUGAUCAAAUUACAACAUCCAGGAUUUUUUUUUAAGUUAUAAAUUUGUAUAAGGUUCUAAAUUUGUGAAAACUUUUUUUUUUACAUUAUAGACGGACGAGUCAACUCUCUCUUUCUACUUUGGUCGAGCUUGUGAAGGGUCAAGAUGGGGAACUUGCUGUUGGCAGGGAGAUUAUUAAUCCAGGUUUGUUUUCCAAAUAUCAUUUUCAAUGGGUAAAACAUUUUCUCUAGUUUAUCAUGAUUUGAGACUAAAAUCUGUUGAUGACUUUUGACUUACAUUGUCUCCUUCUCUUGGACAGAAAUCUUUCAGAUAUAUUUUGUGCAUUGUGUUGAAUUAAAAAAAUAUUUUCUUGUCAUGUCUUCCAGGCACUGAAGGUCUAGAUGGUCUGAAUUAUGUUUUGAAGUGUGUCACUGAAGACUAUGACAAUGAGACAGUACCUUGGCAGUGGCUGUUGGGGAGGCUUUAUGUCAUAGACAGGUUGUUGGAAGAGUUCCCCAGUGAGUUUGUACCUCGGCUAGAUGAAAGGUUGGAUGCUGCGGGAGCUGCUGAAGCCGGUGAGGAAAAAUCAUUCACUUAUGAAAUCUGCAUGGCCUCAAUUUUCAUCACAUCAUUGUGCUUUCUUAAAUUAAUUUUUAUUGAAAUAUCUGUUUACUAGAAAAAAAUAUGUGAAGAAAUCAACUGAAUUUGAAGUAGGUUUCAAGAUAAAAAUUUAGUUCAGAAUGAAUUUAGUUGUAAUGUAAUUUAAUGAAGCAUUUUUGCUUCUAAUUCAGCAAUCGGGACAAAGAAAUGUUUAGUUUAUGUUAUGAAUAUGACAAAUUAAUUGAGUAUUAAAGUUCAAGAAUGGAAUUACUUUCCCCCACAGAUGAUGAGGCAGAUAUGGAUGGAGCAGCAGCAGGACCAACAGAGAGAAGAAGACUGGAGGACUCUGAUGAAAUCGGUGCCUCAAAUUAUGAAAGGCUAAUGUCUGUAGCUCACUUCUCUGUCAAGGCUGUUUGUAGCACCCACAUGAGGAUUGCCCGCAUGUCAAGAAGAGUGUUCCUUCUGUCCGCCAAACUGGGUGCACAUGUUCAAAAAGUCAUCACUGAACUGAAAAGCCUCCUCGCUCAAAUUGACUCCACCUCGGUGGCCUCGCUUCGGCGCAAGUUGGAUAGGAUUGUUGAGGACUUUCAGCUUUCAGAGAGGAUUGUUCAUGAACUCAUGCAUGGGUCUGGAAAAAGAGGUAAACUAGAUUCACCAUGCCACACCCCUGUGGACUCUCCCUCCUCGACACCAAGGUGUAACUCACCAGUGGCACCCAAUGAAGCAAGCUGUGAUACUGACUCAUUACCUGUGAUGGCACCUGUCCCUCUGGUACCACCUAACACGCCCAUUCAACGUUCUAAAAGAAAGCUCAGAAGAGCCAUACCUCGUAGAAGUUUUCGUGAAACAAACCACCCUCCUGCUCCACCACCUACUUCUGAGAACUCCCCAGAGAAAGUGGCUAGCGAUCACUUUCGAGGAGAAAACAUAUCGGCCUUACCAACUAUUUUAUCAGGAGAUGGGCAUGCCUCUGGUGUGGGGCGUUUAGGUAGCUCGAGUCCCCCAAACAGGAGAAAAUCUAAUUUACCAUUGCGGAGAAAGACGAUUGAAGGGGAGACUGUCUCAAAAAACAAACGUGGUGGUUCAUCCAGUCCGACCAUCCGAAGAAGAACAGUUGAAGGAUGUUCGUAUAAUUCCAGUUCUGUUUCGUCUCAGUCUGCGCCACCUCCUGCAUCUCGAACAAGCACCAGAACUCCUCCCAUUGUGUUGAACCCAGUAGUGCCCAUAAUUUCAGUGACUGACACCACGGCAGAGGGGACAGGCAAUUUCAGCCCUGUUGCGCUCUCCGAUCUCGAUGAAAACGGCAAGGAUUCAAAUGAGGAAACUGACAAUGGCAACAGCAAAACUUUGAACUUGUAUGAGAACCUCAAAGCUUCCACGUCAUCUCACGUCUCAGACCACGUAACAUUUUGCACCAGUGAAGAACCAGCCAGCCAGUCAACAGCAGAGGGCAACCCUGCCUCAUCCUGUUGCUGUCAGUGCCACUGUCAUGAAUCUAACAGUGGUGGCACAAUGGAUACAUCUUCACCCAAGUCAGGUGCUGCAGGGGUCCCCAACAGUCCUGAUAGUCUGUACCACACAGCUGAGCAUGAGUCUAUGAGCAGUGAUGAUUUCUUGGACUUUUCUCAGGCCACUCCCUCUAGCAAUGAAAAGCCUGUUUCUUUUAAAUCUGAAGUGGCUGAAUCUCCCAAAUCUUCACCCAGUCAUUCUGUUCACAGCGGUAAGUUAUUUUAAUAUCAUGUUCAUACCUUUUUUUUUUUUUUGAAGAAAAAAAAUUAAUAAAAAGAAGUUACAUUGCUGUCUGGUUUUCUCUGAAUCAGUUAUUUCCCAAUGCUCCAAAACUAGCAGUAUUGAAACUCCACAUCUUGAAUGCAUAGGUGCAUUUGAGAACAACAGUGAAUAGCUCUAGCCGCCUUGUAUUCUCAGUAGUGGAAAGGAAGUUAUGUUGGGCAGCUUUUAUUGGUAAUGGGUCUUUCAACAGAGGACAAAGUAUUUAUUGUUGACCAUUAUUUUCACUCCUAUUUAAGUAUGAAAUAUAAUUCUGCUUCAAGAACAGAAAUAGACAUUGUUUUAAGAAUUUCAAUUAUUUUAGAAAUUUGCCUUAUAUCAUAAUAUGAUACGUCCUGUAUUGGAAUAAUAGAAAUUGUAUGAGCAGCGUAAUACUUUUUAGAAUAUGUUUUUGUCAAAUUUUUUUUUAAAUCUCUAAAAGAUACCACUGAGAAGGAAAUAAAUUGUUUUAAGCUAAUAAAACUCUUUCCCUGAAGCAGGUUCAAAAAGUACAGAGUGUGGGACGACAUGCAAGGAGGAGGUGGAAAGGGAGGAGGCCGAGGCACUGGCCAAAGCGCUGGAUGUCUCAGAGAGGCAGGAUCCCUGCCCAGUGGUGCCUGGCCUGACCCCAACUGCUAGGGAGGAAGUGAUCACAAUCAGGAUACAACCAGAUAAUGUAAGCUGAAACGGAUGAUUCAUAAAAUUCACUGAUUUCUUUGUUCAUGUGCUGUGCAGUGGGUUCAUUUAUUUGUACAUAACAGUUUGUAGUUAGGGGUCACUGUAAAAUACAGUGCCUACAUUUUUACUUUUUUUCAGUUUAUAUAAAUCAAAAUAAUGAAUACAUUUUUUAAAUUUUAAUUUGCAUAAUAGUUUGUUAAAAACAUAUAUUUAAUUUAUUGAACUUUACAGGAAUGUGAUGAGAAAGAUGGAGAGAUGCGGCAACCAACCAUGUACUUGGAGAAAGUCCACUGGGUCAAAGGUCCACUACUGGGCACAGGUGCCUACAGCUCAUGCUAUCAGGCAAGAGAUGUCAGGACUGGAGUCAUUAUGGCUGUCAAGCAGGUUAGGGCGCUACUGCUUUGUAACGAAACACACAGUACACAAAAAUGCUUUCUCCUAACAGGGCUCACCUCAUUUUCACACAUCAAUUCACACAAAUUUUAUUACAAAGAUGUAAUAGUUGUAUUUUUUUAUAAAAAUUAUCGGUUUGCUUGAUUAUCUUCACAGAUUUCUUUCUGUCGCAAUUCUGCACAAGAGCAGGAGAAAGUGAUAGAGGCAAUCAGUGAAGAAAUCCACAUGAUGGCAAGACUCAGUCACCCAAACAUUGUUCGAAUCCUGGGGGCCACCAAGCAAGGCUGUCACUUUAAUAUGUUUGUAGAAUGGAUGCCAGGUAAGAAUUUAGUCAUUAAUAUCAAAAUAAAUUAGUCUUAAAAGCUUUGUGAAGACUGAAUUUUUUUUUUUUUUUAAAUAACUGUUUAUAUUUGAAAUGACAAUGUAGCAUUUGUGCUCACUUUGAAAAUUUAAAUUUCUCAAUUUUUAAAAAAAAACAACAGGUGGCUCUGUGGCUUAUUUGCUUGGUGAAUACGGAGUAUUUACAGAAAAUGUCAUUGUCAGUUACACCAGACAAAUCCUAAGGGGCCUGGCUUACUUGCACGACAACCACAUUCUACACAGGGAUCUUAAAGGUGAGCAGAGCAUCUUGUUACCAUCAGCUGUUUAUAUUAUAGCUCGGCCACUUUCACGCUUCAUGUCUUUGUUUUUUUUCUAAAUCAAAGUUAUGCCCUUAACAUAAAUAAAUACCAAAGUUAUGCCCUCAACAUCCAGUUACAUUUUCUAAUGUUAAACAACCUUGUUUGAUCACUAAAUAAUUUUCAGAAUUUUUGGAUGCUCAUUGGAUCCUUUAGUUUUUGACUGAAAGGCUAAUCAAAGAUAGAAAGGUUUUUGGCCUAUAUAUUUGAAUAAUUUUUCUUGGCCUAUGAUUUUUCUCGAAUUGCAUCCAUUUGAAUUGAUGUCAAAUAUCUUGAACAGUCUUUACUUAUUAUGAAACGUGAUAAACAUUUUUUUUUAAAACCUUUAUUUCUUUCUCUUACACUUAAAAUUUUGCUUAUAUUCCUCACAAUUUCAUUUUUUCCAUCCACCCUCAUGAAUGAUAUUGACAAACCUAUAGCAGAUGAAGAUUUAUGGUAAUGCUGAGUUGUUAUUCCUUUUGUAUCUUCUCUUUGAAUUUGAGUUCCAUGCAUUAAUUUUUCUUUACAUUUGAUGAUUUUUAAUAAUUUUGUUGGUUUAUUUGUUUUUCUCGCCCCAUUAAAUGUUGUUUUCAGUUGUGUCACAAGCCAUGAACAACUACUUUAUGCUUUCUAUAAAAACUGCAGAGUAAUAUUAAAUUAAAUACUUAAAUAAUUAAUUGUAAAUCUUCAAUUAACUUCUGUCAUUAAUUUUGCUUUCAUUCAUGGAAUAAUAAUUGAUUUUCCUGUUCACUUUUAAAUAAAGGAGGACAUUACUUUGAGAAUUCAUCCAUUACUAUAAAAUUUCCUAAAUUUUGAAAUGCCAAAAUAAUGUUUUCUUAAUAAAUUUCCUUUUCUGUUAGAACUUUUUGGAUCACAUUUAAUUUAAGAACUGGGGUUAAUUCCAGGAAAUAAUCAUGUCUGUUUUUCAUCUUGAUAGGAGCCAAUCUCCUCAUAGACAGCACAGGCCAAACACUUCGUAUUGGAGAUUUCGGAGCAUCUGCCAGAUUGGCCUCUCAGGCCACAGGAGCUGGAGAAUUUCAAGGUCAACUGCUAGGGACCAUUGCUUUUAUGGCACCAGAGGUAGAUGACAUUAACAGACCUGUUUACUCUCAAAUCUUAAAAUCGUACAAUAUCAUCAUAAAAUCGUUCAAUACAUUCUCUUUAUAGAGCAAAAACGUGCUGUAUAUAUAAUGUAUACACCUCAAAAUCGUACAUUGUCCGCCAAAAUCGUAAGAGUAAACAGGUCUGCAUUAAUAAAUGUUUAAAUUGUUGUACAUUGUGAAAUUUGUAUCUUUUUUAUUAAGCUAGCUGCUAAAAAGCAGAGAUGCUAAAACAGAAUAAUUUUUCAAAAUAUUGAUUAUCCAAAUAAUCUUUUGAGAGAUUAAGUUUUAAAAAAAACAGUCCUAUUGAUGGGGAGGGCAUGUUACUGCAAGUUUUUAUUUAUGUGAAGAUUAUUAGUCUUUUUUUUUUUAUAGUUCUUACAGGAAUGUGUAAGCUUUAUCAUUUUUAUAAAACCUGUCAAGUGAUUACUAAUUUGAUUAUUUUCCUUCUGUGUCAGGUUUUGCGAGGUGAAAGCUAUGGGCGAGCCUGUGAUAUCUGGAGUGUUGGUUGUGUUAUGAUUGAAAUGGCAACAACGAAACCACCCUGGAAUGCUACGGAUAUCUCAAAUCAUUUGGCACUCAUUUUCAAGGUAUGGUCAUAAUUCAGGACUGGAUAGCAGCUGCUAAAUUAAGAAAACCACAUUGCUUUUAAUUCCCUCUUAGUGAACUCAGUAUCAUUUCAAUAUACCAUUCACAGAUGAUUAAAGUUGUUUGCUUUCAAAUAUCUUCUCACCACCCAUUGUUCAAUUGAAGCAGACCACAUUUCAAAAAGUAAUGCAACAUUAUUUUUGUGUUUAAUAAUAAUAGGAACUAUGUGAUGAAAAUAGGCCCCACCCACACAACACCCCCUCCGCACCACCCAAAAAAACUAAACAAAAAAAGAGAGGUUGAGAUAAUGACUAACUGGAGAAAUUGCAAUACAUAAUCUUAACUUCCUUUAGUUAUUGUAUCUUCAUUUAUAUUAUGUACACUGAAGUGUGCUGUAUGUUCAAUUAUUUCAUCAGAUCGCCUCCUCUGUUGACUCCCCACCCAUCCCAGAAAAUCUCCCACCACCUGUGAGAGAUCUGAUGCUGAGGUGCCUGGAGCAAAACUCUGAUGACAGACCAUCGGCGAAGGACCUGCUCCUGCACCCCUUGUUUACCCAGUGUUUCACCAACACUCGCAACAACUCUACCACUUUAAAUGGCAGCAAACUAGGCACGAAUAGGUUAGAAUUUUUAUGUGAAGUUACCGUUAAGCUUUAACUUAAAGCUACAUCAAGUGAUGGGCUGCGUCAAGUGACGGGCUGCACAGUAUAUCACAGUUGUGGGUUUGUUUUAUCAAAAUAUGUAAUUGCAAUUAAAUAGUUUAAAGAUACAGUGAGAUAUCAUUUGUGGUUUUAAAUGACCCACUUAGUCAUGAUAUGCUGUCUUUCUUACAAAUAGGUAAUCCAACCUAUAUAAAUGAUGGGAGCAAGUAAUUUCUGAUAUUGUUUUCACCACUGCCUUGUUUUCUACAAAAAAGAGGAGAUGUCUUGAUGCUGUGACGUACACAAGGGUGAGACGAGAGCAGGAUGCAAUAAACCACCAGGGAAGAGGAGCCGCUUGACUGGCAAUAAGAUGUCAUUUGAUGUGGCAGGAUUUCUUCUUGCCAUCUUCAGCCCUCCUGAUUUAUUUUAAAUUAUAUUGGAGACCAAAGAAUACUAAAAAUGUUCAGAUGGUGUAUUUGCAACAGACUCCUGUUGUUUAUAAAGAAGGGGGAAAGCUAAUACAAUUUUUAUAAGAGAUGAUAUGCAUUUUUAAAAUUUAAAACCAAAUGGCAGUAGGCUAUGGCAGCUUUUAAACAGUAUGUUGUAAUGUGUAAAUUAUGUUGAAAUAUGUUUACAUAGUACUUUGUUAGUUUUUUUUAAAGAAAUGAAUUAUACACAGUAGUAUGUUAAUGUAAGGAAUUUUUAAAAGUGUUAGUGUACAUGUUAUUGGAAAGCAUCCCAGAAUGUUAUUCAAAGAUAUAUCUUAUCUCUAUCUCCUGGAGCUGAAAUUUUGUACAGCUUCCUACCAACAGAGCUUUUAAAUAAAGCAGCAACCUACAGCCGAAAUGCUGAAUUUGUAACAUGUGCCUUGAAUAAGCUAAUCAAUUGUUACUUGGUGUUUUCGUCAAACUCUUGGUGCCAUUUUCUCAUAAACUUACGGCCAACAUGUUUUGAAAACAAGUUUGUCUGGGGACUAGUACUCCAGAUGCACCCAACUGUUGUGCCUGUCGACAAAUGAACACUGUUUUUUUUUUUGUGGUUGAAAUGAUUGAUGUAAACUCUACUUUAUGUUCAUAUUUUCAAGUGGCUGUGUCAACAGCCCUACCCAUAAAACUUGAUUUGUUCUGGAAAGGUGGAAAUUUCAUCAAGGCUUAUUCAUUCUUUACCGUGUUGUUUUAUUUGAAAUUCCCGAUGAAGUAGUUUUAAUUUCUUUUUCACGCAAAAGCGGUUAAAUUAACUCCAUCUUUAAUCCAUAUAAUUUUGGAUUUUUAAAAAACGUUAAAGGUAAUUUCUUAGUUGCAGUCAUUGAUAUUUGUAUUCUUUUUCAUCUUCAUUUUUCAACUUCCAGAUUCAAAAACUACUGUUCUGAUCAAUAAAAAUGUCUUUUCUCCUUACAUUGACAUUGAAUGACAAUAUGACUUACAAACUUUGCCCUGUGAUACUGUAAGUUGGUUUUUUUUUAAAAUUAGUUUCUUAUUGUUUUUAAAAACUUGUGGUGGAGGUUUCUUGAAGUAUGUUGUAUGUUUGUGAGUGGGACUUUCAGCCGAGGAUAUAUAUUAAAGGGUCUUCACUUUGCUGAAAGUCUGGGGGACCAAGUGAAUGAUUGAGUUCAUGAACAAAUGAGGUGCCAGUCUUCAGCUAGGAUUUUUAAAGCUAGUUUUUCUUUUACUUGCCUUGACAAUUAUUUGGACACUGCUGAGGUUUCUGAUAAAUCCACGUCUGCCUUCAUUAUUCAACAAACCACAUUUAAAUGUUAUACAUUUUUUUUUUUUUCUUACCACUCAUUGACACAUGAGUGGCAAAUAGUUAUUUGAAAUUGUGUAAAAUGUGUUUCCUGUUAACCCAUGAAGUUGCAGUUGUCAAGUUUUAGGACAUUCUGAACAUGAUACAUUUGUUUGUGUUGUGACAUCAGGAAAUGAGAACAUUCUUAAUUAUUGCAUUUGUCAUACUUUCAUGGAUUGUUUCAGGAUAUUUCCAUGAAUUAUAAAAAAAAAUUAGAUGCACUUUUCUGCCACAAAAGUUGUUUCAGAAUAAAAUGUAUGGAAAAUAUGCAUCUUUUUUUUUCACCCACAAGAAGAAGAAUAUUUAAAUGACUUUAAUUUGAUAACUCUCUUAAGCUCAUUGUGGCAAUUUUAUCUUUAUAAUAAGAUUCUCAUUUCUUGAUGACAAUAACCAUUUAGGUCAGUCACAUUUUAAUGACAUUUUUACUUACGAGGCCAUUAUUUUUAUUGAAACUUCAGCACUAGACUAAAAAUGGUUGUGAAACUUAUGAUCUUCCAUGUUUAACUUAAACCAAACCUGAUGUAGAUGACUACAAUGUAUGUAUGUAUAUAGAAUAUUUAUGUGUUUUUUUUUCUCCCCACAUUUAGGCAUUUUCUAAAUAUAUUUUUUUCCGUCUGAGAUUUACUUUGAACCCAGUUUAGACAAGAUCAUAGAAAUUCAUCAUUUUGAUCUUGAAACUUUGAAAGACAGGUUUUUUGCUUUGUCUUGCAAAUUCAGGGUUCUUGUAGUUUUAAAAAUAACUACAUUAAAAAUAUUGUACUUCUUGCACGGAUUAAAAUUUGAAUUCAAGAGAGAAAAAAACAAAACUUGAACCAAAAAUACUUCAUGAAGGAAAAUACUUUGUUGCACUAAUGUUGAACAUUUAAUUUUUUUUUAAAAAAUUAUAAAGAUAACAACAAUCAGGUCCAACAUUGUGUCCGUCCAUCCACCAGCGCAUCUAACGCAAACUGCAGUUUUUCAAAAUCAAGUGGCGCUAUUUGUGUUCAGGGUCCUGCCUUCGAAUCUGAUCAAAAUACAAUCACAAAUGUGUUCCCGUCGUAAUGCUGCAUUUACAAUCAGCUCAAAAAAUUGUCAGAUUUGUUUUUUUAAAUUUUUCCACCUGCAUAUUUCUGUUUAGUUCUUUUGAGUUGGAAUUAGAAAAUACACCACAAAACUUCUUGGGUUUCUUAUCAAAACCCCUUGUUAACUGUUUCAGUCGCUACAGCUCUAAACUUUCGCAUAAUUCUUGUUCAGUUAUCUUUCAUUUCCCACCUUUAGGGAAAACGUCCUGUUCAUAUUAUCAUUCUGAUCAUUUCUACCUCACUCGUAGGUCAAUCAGUAUCAUAAUGUCCUUACAUUUUAAAACAAAAUUACUUAAAUUUUUUUUAAAUUUAAAGAGUUGCAAGUGUCUUGUUUUUUAAAUGUAUGUGUUUAAUUCUGGAGUUUUAAUGGCAACAAUGAUGUAAAAUAAUAGCUCCACCAUUGUAAUACUGAAAUGACAUUCUCUUUUAUUUUUUUUUCUUCAUCGCUUUUUUUCCCUGAAUUUUUUUUCUCUAGUCACUAUAGCUCUAUGCAAAUCAUGUAUGUAAAUACUUAAUGACACAUUCCAAGACUUUCACAUACUGGAACAUGGAGUAUUUUUCCCACAUAUGUGGAAUUAUAAUGGGACAUGGUUACGAAAAUGUUGACUUCCUUUUGUUGACCAGCUCUGGGUUAGCUUAAGUUGAAGUUGGCACUGGACACUCCCAAGUGCCACAGAUCAAACCUUUUAAAACAGGAGAAUUCUUAAUUAAGCAGAAAUCAAAAGGGAACUGCUUAAAUUUUUUUUUAAAAACAUGUAUUCAUGAGCCUCAAUUCAGUAAGGCUUAGUACAGCUGAGCUAGAAAUAAAAUAUUUGUGGCUGUAAAUUUACAGCUUCAUUUACAUGGUGUCACAAUUUUUACAAGUGACUAAAACAGAUAACUAAUUUAAGUAAAAAAAAUAAUUGGCCAGAUAAAUUUUAAAGGUUGUGUGUAUUUGAAGUAGUUAUUUCUGAACCCAAAUUCGAUUAUUCACAUGUUCUUUAUCAAUAUUAUGAAAAUUAAAUCCAGAUUAUGUUGAAACCACUAUGUUACAAAGUACACUUAUCAUUACAAAGAAUUUUACAGAAUAAAAAUUUCUUCCAUGAACUGCUGAUAAAUUAACAUUGUACCGCUUUUUGGGAUGCAUGUUCAUUGAACUCUACAUAAAUUUUAAGUUUAAAACCACUUCUUAAGAGAUAAUUUACUGUUUGUGAAAUGUUGAGUUAUACCAUGAUUUUACUCUCAAAUACUUUAGACCAGACAAAGUGUGACAGUAUGCUGCCAUCUCAUCAUUCAGUAAAAUGAGGCGUGCUGACACUGUCAUGCUUGAAACAUUUACAGAUUUUGAGUAUGUGGUAGAAAAAUAUUAGCACUUGUUAAAGUGUAGAAAGGUGUACAUUUCGUGUGUCCGGUGUGAUUUUUUUUUCAACCCAUUUUGUUUUCUAGUUCCGCUACAGUGAAUUUUGAGUUUUUAGAAACCAUUCAGAAUUUUACAGAAUCUGCAACAUAUCAUUGUCAUCACUAACCCCUUUGAAUACAUUUGUCACCUAGAGAAAAUUAUUUCUUAAUUUAUAUCUAAUAAACAUUUUUUAAAUUAUAAUGAUUUUGUUAUUCUACUAGUUGGUCUUGA